GCAAGACAUGUGUGCAGUAGCUUGUGUGGUAGGCUCCAGGUCCCCCUGCAGGGGGUGUGCAUGGUCUGGCCCGAGCAGAGUCCUGCACCAGGCAGGGCAGGGGCAGCAGUAGUGGUGUAUGCCUGGCACAGUGCGGUGCAGAUAGCCGCUGAGUGACCCCGCUGUGCAUGGCACACAUGGAGUGGCACCGGGAGGCUGGCAGCAGCGCGGAUGAGAUGGGGAAGUGGAGCUGCUGCAGUGAGUCAUGAGAAGGAGGAGGAGGAGAAGGAGGAGGAAGGAGCCGUAGACGCUGCACAGGGCACACACUGCACCGGGCACACUGAGCAGCUUGCUUUGGAGAUUUACGUGAAAUAUCAUUCAACAAGAGACAUGUAAUAACAGCAAUAUUUUAAUUGUUCCUCGUGAAAAUCUGGGUUACAGGAACGUUCCGGGAAAACUUGUCUUAGUCAUCAUGGACAUUGUUCUGCUUUGCUGAAAUGAACAUGAUGAAGACGGAAGCUACAGGAGAGCGCUCGAACCUGCGGAGCGCCUCACCCCACAGGAAUGCUUACAGGACUGAGUUUCAGGCACUCAAAAGCACAUUUGACAAACCAAAACCUGAUGGAGAAAGCAAGGCGAAAGGGGAGAGUGAGGUGCCCCAAACGCAACAGACAAGGGGGCGCAGGUAUGGCUCAAACGUCAAUCGGAUCAAGAACCUUUUCAUGCAGAUGGGGAUGGAGCCAAAUGAAAAUAAUGGUGUCCAACCAAGAAAAUCCAAAAGCACGGCGUCAUCUCCUCCAAGAAGGGCGGCGAAGCCCAGAGAGAUUUUGGAAAAGAAAGACGUAGCAGAUGUAAAUCUCAAGACUACCGUUUCGGAGAGGAUAAGCCGCUUUGACACUGUGGAUGGACCCUCUUACUCUAAGUUUACAGAAACCAGGAAGAUGUUUGAACAUUCUUCACAUGACCCUGGGCACUCCGGACGCUAUUCUUCUCGGAAUGAUAGACGGGGAUCUAGUGAAUAUUUAGAUGAAGGCCGUGGAAGUAAGUCUAAUAGAGGGAGCAGUGAUUCACUGGAUAGCCUUAGUUCGAGGACAGAAGCUUUGUCUCCAACCGUGAGUCAACUUAGCGCAGUGUUUGAAAAUAGUGAUUCGCCAAGCCCAAAUACCCUGGAGAAAAAUGAAAAUAAUGAAGGGUAUUCAGUAACUGGCCAUUACCCAAUGAAUAUCCCGACUUCCCCGGUUACAGAUUUUGAAGGCUACGGACAAGCUAAAGAGUCAGAUUCCUGGUCUCCAUCAAGGGAAGCUGACACAGACCCAUAUGUAGAUAUCACACAUCAAACUGAUGUUAUACCACAAGAAGAUGGUCACAUUUCCCCCAAAGAGACAAAAAGAGAAAAGAGCGUAGGGUGUAGUACAUCCAAUGACAACAUACUUACCAAGAACGAACUCACGGAUGGUGCUGACGAUGGACCUCACGUAAGACACUUGGUGAAAAGAGGGGAGCACACGACACAACACAAUCAUUUGCCUGAAGGUUCUGUGAAUGCUUUUGAUAGGACUAAACCAGGGGAAUCACCCCCCGCUUCCGAAGAAAAUGAGAACUUUACAAGUAACCGAACCUCUUCUGCCCCCACGUCUCUCGACGUUGGCACAAGUAUGAGCAGUGACCUGAAUAGUUUUUCUACUGCGCAGUCGUAUGAACACUCUGAUUACAAUGUUUACAGAGUGCGCUCACGGUUUAACUCUGAGUGGGAAGAGACAGAACCAGGGGACGACGAUGAUAGCGAUGAGAAUAAGUCUUACGAACCGGACACAGAAUUUUUUGAGGUGCCUGGAUUGCCGGAAGAAGAAGAAGUACCUCCUCAAAGGAAAAUCAAAUUUAGUAAAGCACCUAUCAAAGUGUUCAACACAUAUUCCAAUGAAGACUACGACAGGCGGAACGAUGAAGUAGACCCAGUAGCUGCUUCGGCGGAAUAUGAGCUGGAGAAACGCGUGGAAAAGCUGGAUUUAUUCCCAGUGGAUCUGGAGAAAGAUGAAGAAGGUCUGGGGGUCAGUAUUAUCGGAAUGGGUGUUGGAGCAGACACAGGGCUGGAAAAACUUGGAAUAUUUGUUAAAACUGUCACGGAAGGGGGAGCGGCACAGAGAGAUGGACGGAUCCUCGUCAAUGAUCAGAUCUUAGAAGUAGACGGGAUUAGUCUUGUUGGCGUCACCCAAAAUUUUGCUGCAACCGUUCUCCGAAACACCAAAGGAAAAGUCAGGUUUAUAAUAGGGCGUGAGAAGCCUGGCCAGAUUAGCGAGGUUGCCCAGCUGAUCAGCCAGACCCUAGAGCAAGAACGUCGCCAGCGGGAGAUGCUGGAACAACAUUAUGCGCAGUAUGACGCGGAUGACGACGAGACAGGAGAAUAUGCUACAGAUGAGGAGGAUGAAGACGUCGGCCCAGUCAUCCCAGGGAGGGAAAUGGCUAUAGAAGUGUUUGAUCUUCCAGAAGGGGAUGAAAUGUUUUCUUCUGAUCUGGAUGCAACAAAACUGGCUCACAAAUUUAAAGAGCUGCAGAUUAAGCACGCUGUGACUGAAGCCGAGAUCCAGAAGCUAAAGACAAAGCUGCAAGCUGCAGAGAAUGAGAAAGUGAGGUGGGAACUUGAGAAGAACCAGCUGCAGCAGAAUAUUGAGGAGAACAAAGAUAGGAUGAUGAAGCUGGAAAGUUACUGGAUCGAAGCUCAAACCUUGUGCCAUACUGUGAACGAGCACCUGAAGGAGACACAGAGCCAGUACCAGGCCCUUGAGAAGAAGUACAACAAGGCCAAGAAGUUAAUCAAGGACUUCCAACAAAAGGAGCUCGACUUUAUCAAACGCCAAGAAGCCGAAAAGAAGAAGAUCGAAGACAUGGAGAAAGUCCACAUUGCAGAAGUUCAGAACUUGCAGUCUCGUAUCAGGGACCUGGAAGCAGAGGUGUUUCGGCUUCUCAAGAGUAACGGUAGCCAAGUUAACAAUAACAACAACAUUUUUGAAAGCAGGACAUGUCUUGGCGAUGACUCAAGCGGAGUGCCGGCUGAGGACUUGGCUGACAAGCAAGACACAAGCUUGGAUGGCUUGAAGGAAGAAGGCGCAGUGAAAAGUGCGGAUGCUGAUGAGGUGUUUGACUUUAGUGAAGCCGUCCCAGAAACAGAAAGGCUGGAUUCUAAAGCACUGAAAACUCGGGCUCAUCUGAUUGUCAAAAGCAAGAGACAAAAGCCCUCCAGGACCAGGCUGGGGGACAGCAUUAGCUCCACCGACGGAGAAGACAGCAUUGAGAGGAAGAACGCCACGUUGAGCAAUGACUUCAGCGCCAGCAGCACCAGUUCAGCAGACCUGAGCGGUCUUGUGGUGGAACCGAAGUUAGCAGAGAGGUCCCAUUCCCUAGCGCUCUCCUCUGAUGAGAGCCUGGAUAUGAUAGAUGAUGAGAUUCUCGAUGAAGGACAGUCUCCCAAACAUAACCCGUGGCAAAGCCGUACUGCCCUAGAAUGGAGCACGCAGCAAGUGGCCAACUGGUUGACGACUCUUCACCUGGAACAUUGUGUUGCUGAAUUCACUGCCCACAAUAUCAACGGGGAGCAGCUGCUCCAGCUGGACAGUGCCAGACUGAAGGCUCUCGGGGUAAAUUCUCAAGAAAGAGCGAUCAUAAAAAAAAAAAUCAAAGACAUGAAAGGAACAAUCGACAGAGUCCGAAAGGCCAACGAGAAAGCGGAGAAGCAAAGAGAGCGGCUUCGGAAAAAGGAGCAAGACCAGCAGUUACUGAGAGCGAGGCGAGAAGAUGGCUCAACGGAAGGUGCACAGAGCACUCCUGAGCCAUAGCUAAUGUACUAUAAGUGUGAAUAGGACAAUUCCAUGAUAAGAGCUCAGUGUGCAUCUCCAGGUACUGCACAGGCCUACUGAGAUGCCGCUAUUGGACAGGUGGGGAAGAGAUUUCUGUAGUUAUCAUAUCAACGUUUUGAUGAACACCCUGGCACCAUCCUGCACAUAGCUGGGUCCUGCAAACAUUAUAGUAUUGGGAGCUAUCUGUCGCUGGGCGCCAACUCCUCUUCUUUCACUGAUUUGUUCUUCAUUCUAGCUCUGUAUAUUCAGCGUGGUUGCUUUAACAACCAGUGUUACUGUUUACAGGAUGUUUGCUUGGUAAAUGAAUGAGCGUUUUAUUUUUAUGGAUUAAGAAACUGGAUAGAAGCUCAUGUCUUUUAUCGUAUCUGUCACUGCCUAUAAGCGGGAGAAAUGGUCUCAUUCUGUUCUGGAAUAAUAUAUGAUAUAAUUUAUUUAAAUUUAUGCAGUUCAUUCACAAAUAGAUGACAUUACGUUGAUGAUGUUACAUAGUUUCUUUAGCACUUGGACAAUUUGCAAGGGAGGCAAUCAAGUUGACGGUUGCCAGGAUCCUGGCGGUCUGGAUACAGACGCCGGAAUCCCGACACCCGGUGAAAUACUGGCGGUCGGAAUCCCGCCCGCCACCCGGAAUCCCCACUCGGGUGGUGUUCCACGCCACCAUCCAUGCCACCGGGCCAGAAGCAUGGCGUGGGGACACACUGCGCUCGCUGCCGGUAUUCUGGCUGUCGUGAUCUCAGCGUUUGUCUCCUGACCGCCGGGAUCCCGACAGUCCACCUCUCUUGGGAAACGGUACAGUCCGUCUCUCUUGGGGAACGGUACAGCCCGUCUCUCUUGGGGAACGGUACAGUCCACCUCUCUUGGGGAAUGGUACAGUCCACCUCUCCUGGGGAACUUUCCACGGAGAUAGCCAUCAAAUAGGUGAACCAUUGAUGGCUGAUGUUUUUUAACCAUCAGGAGGAAGCCAUGGAUGAUUGAACAGGCAGACUUGGGCUUUAAUCUGACAUCGGACAUACGCGGGUGAUGCUAAAACUAUUUACCACUGGUGUCAUCGAUGGUUACCAAUCAUAAGUAGUUGAAGGCCAUCCCCACUUGGAGAUUGACCAGCAUGGACAAGCGUGAACUAGGCCCUGGCCACCCCAGUAAGGUAGUGUAAUUGUGAAUGGGAUUUUAUUCCUAGUAUAAUACACAUGCCUUUAUUGGGCAGUGAAGAAAAAGAAUAGAGGGCUGUCACAGUAUUCCUAAACUGUCUAUAACCGAUGAAGGGAUAUAUCCAUUAUUUGGAUUAAAAUUAGCAUAUUAAUCAGGUAUCGCCGUUUCCUCUUUCGGUAGAUCCCAUGUAGAGAUUGGCACCAUCUACUACAGGAGACAGGAGACACAGUGGGAGAUGUAUCAAACCUGAGAGAGAGAGAGAGAAAGUGGAGCAUGCCAUAGUAGCCAAGCUGAUUGGUCACUCUGGAUAACGUCUCCACAAUAUCUCCUCAUGGCCUCCAGUCAUAUGACGCAUUCACUCCCCACCACCUGUACUAGCCAAGUUUCUAGACUGGGGUGAGUCCUCCGGUGACCUCUCUUGCUCCUGCCAAGCUCUGAAUUUUACAUAUGUUACAAAACCAAGAUAACCUGUGUGUGGUUACUUGGAUUAUAUAGGCCUAGCAGGACAAUGCAGAGAUAAUUUAUUCUAGGCCUAAUAUCCAUUGACCAUACAUGUUCUUCAGCUGCCCCCAUUCUCUGCCCAGUUCCCUGAGCCUGAUGCUGCUGAUGCAUCGGCUGAUUUUCCCCUCGCAAACCCCAAAUACACAUUGGACAGCGUCAUCCUACUGAACUGGGAGUAGUAGCAUUUGACUGCAGGGUACCAUAUAGUUUUCUCUGUAUUAUAUACGUCCAUGUAAAGUUGCUGUCUCAUCUGUGUUUAGAUUAUUUUUGUUAUUAUGUGUUUUGUGAGCAUUGGCAUUUAUUUCAUGAUUGGACAAACUCGUGAAUGUUUUUGAUACCUGUACUGUAUAUAUUCAUCGCUAAGGGAUUCUCUGCAUAUCCUGUAUAUUUAUCUUCAUUGUCCACUGCUACUAUAUAUAGGACUGUAUUAAAGAAACGUGUGAAACACUUCUAAAUCCAGCAACACCUUACAUUUAGGGGCAGAUGUAUCAAGCCUUCUAAAGAGGACAUGUGGUAACGUUCCCCAAAGCAACCCACCAGCUGGCAUUUUUUAGAAUGUACUAUAUAUGAUAUAUGAUAGCGAGAACUUGUUUGGUUACUAUGGGCAACUGCUCAUCUUUUCCUCUUUAGAAGGUUUGCUACAUCACACUGUAGCAACGGUUGAUUUCUAAGCAUAUCUAGCAUACUUGUGGUAUCUAAUUUAACUACACAUCACAUCAGUAUUAAAGGACAUUAAAUAAAACUUGGACAGAGAUAAAGUACCAGCCAAUCAGCUCCUAACUGCCAUGUCACAUGCUGUGUUUGAAAAAUAACAGGAGCUGGUUGGCUGGCACUUUUAUCUCUCUACACUUUCUUUCUCUUUAAGGCAUAGGGGGUCAUUCAGAUCUGAUUGCUGGGCUGCGUUUUUUGCUGUCCUGCGAUCAGAUAGUCGCCGCCUACAGGGGGAGUGUUUUUUCUCUGUGCAAGUGUGCGAUCCUACUGUAUGUGUAGCAGAGCUGCUAAAAAUCAGUGUGUGCAGCCUCUGCGCAGCAAAGGACUUAUUCUUCCAGUGUGAUUAAAUCCUGCUGAUUGGGGCCGUAGCUGACGUCGGACACCCUCCCUCAUAAACGCUUGAACACACCUGCGUUUUUCCGGACACUCCCUGUAAACGGUCAGUUGCCACCUGCAAGUGGCCUCUUCCUGUCAAUCACCUUGCGUACGCCCGUGCGAAUGGAUCCUUCGCACCAUCCCGUCGCUAACCGGCGAAUCCCGUUGCAGCUGUUCGAUGCUCCUGCGCAUUGCGGUGCCUGCGCAGUUUGGACCUGUUUGCCCACUGUGUGAAAACCCACAGCAACGAUAAGAUCUGAAUUACCCCCAUAGACCCCUAAAUACUAUACACUAUUGUACAUUUAUGUUGUUAGAAGACUGCUCCUAACUGAUACAUCUAUUGGAAGUUAUAAUCACUCAUUUUACUGUAUAAUUUCUACUUGUGAUUUGGUCUUUCAUAUUAAUCCAAUUUCAUCUAAUUUAUGACUACAUACUUCCAAAAUGCUUAAUUAUAUUGCAAUCCCCCCGCCCCGAGCCCUUUUUUUUUUUUACUGCCUCACUUCUGCUGUAGAAGGUGCAGUCAGGGGGGGGGGGGGGGGAUAAUUCCAAGUUGAUCGCAGCAGGAAAUUUUUUAGCAUUUGGGCAAAACCAUGUGCACUGCAGGGGGCGCAGAUAUAACAUUUGCAGAGAGAGUUAGAUUUGGGUGGGUUAUUUUGUUUCUGUGCAGGGUAAAUACUGGCUGCUUUAUUUUUACACUGCAAUUUAGAUUGCAGAUUGAACUCACCACACCCAAAUCUAUCUCUCUCUGCACAUGUUAUAUCUGCCUCCCCUGCAGUGCACAUGGUUUUGCCCAACUGCUAACAAAGUUCCUACUGCGAUCAACUCAGAAUUACCCCCAUUGUCAUUAGUGACUAGUAUAAUCACAGUACUGCUGAUAUCCUUUACUUUCUGUCUAAACCUCUAUUGGAAAAACUGGGAGCUUCUGACCCAGAGACGGCAGCCUGUAUUAGCGGAGUCAGGGAUUAACAUCAUCAUUUAUUUGCAAAGUGCCACAAAAGUCUGCACGCUGGACAGUCAGAAUUACAAAAUAUAGACAUACAAUCACACAUAUAAUGAGAUCAAGAACAAAUGAGGUUGAUGAAGGCAAUGCAGCAUGAAACAAAUGGUGGAGAGGGCCCUUGUCAUAAGAGCUUACUUACUAGAACAGUGGUAGGCAAGGUGUGGCACUCGAUCAGCUGUGGAACUACACAUUCCAGCAUGCCCGGACGCGUUUUUAGCACGCUAUAACCGCAAACCUGUGGUAUGGCAUGCUGAAAUGUGUAGUUUCAAAGCAGCUGGAAGGCCACACCUUGCCUACCCCUGAUCUACAGGGAAAGGGCAAUGCCGGGGAGCUAGUAGGACAUGUAGUGGACAUGGGUCUGGUGCUGGCAGAAGACGCAAAGGGAAUGGUAUAAAGUGGUGUGGAAUAGGCUAAGAUAAAGAGAUGGGUUUUGAGACAGUGCUUGAAAUAUUUAUGGUUGGGGAAGUGAGGUCAGGUGUGGUAGGGAGUUACAUAGGUGGGGAGUAGUCUUGGAGGUGGGAUUGAGAGAAGGAAAGGUGUGGGUCACAGGUAGAUUGAAGAGAUAACAGGGGACUGUGUAUCCUGUGAUGAGGUCAGAGGAAGUGGAGGAGUUAGUGAGGGCUCUGAAGGUGAGGGUGAGAUAGGAAGCCAGUGGAGGGAUAUGCAGAGUGGUGCAGUUGAACAAGUUGUAGAAGGGAAAGGUGGGGGGCCAGGCCAGAUAGUAGGAAGUUGCAGUAGUCAAAGGGGACAGAUAGUCCUGGCAGAUUCUGUACUGACCUGUUGUGAUAAAUUCAGUGCCAGUAAUUAUUAGGGUACUGUUAUUUACCUUCAUUACAAUCCCUGUCUUAGUGCAUCAAAUGUUACACAUGCCCUAAGUCUCCAGGUCAAGGGUUUCCACCUACAGUAUGAUGAUGAGGCAAUCUCAAGUUCUACGGGUCAGCAAAACGAAGGGAAUUUAUUUUUUCCCCACAUGUUGGCGGGCACACCGCUGAUUCUACCUUCUUGUGAAAGCAAGAUGUUGCCCCACCCAGUAGAGGGAAGACAAAGUUCACUUAAGUACUGAGAACCACCUUUACAACUCACUGGUUUCCAAUAAGAAAAACACUGUGUGAUGCUAAUGACCGUUGCAACAUAAAGUAGUUUCCCAACAGAAUUGGCUUUGGUUCCAUUUGUUAUGACAUAGAACAAACCUGCCAAAUCCCGCCACGUGCGAUGAACUUGCAAACUCUAUGUGCAGGGAUCACCUCACCCAGCAGGUGCUUUAUAGGAAAGUCAUCACCGGUAGCAUUCACAUCAUUCUGAGCGCCCUGUUAGAGAUACAGAGAUUAAGAACGACGUUGCGAUUUUGCUGGCAGACUCUCUUUCAUUAAAGUAUAAUAAAAGUAAACACAUCAGCUGUAGCUCUGUGAAAGUCAUUGCCAAUGCCUAGUCGCUGACUUUGAUCAACAAAUAGACUGUUGCAUGAUAGCAAAUUAUUCUUUUAACCUUGAUUCGCAUCAUCAUUGCCACGCGCACUUUGCAAAAUCCGGGGGAGGGUCACCUGUAAUUCUGGCAUCUCGGGAUCCCCUGACAUUUUGAGAGAGUUGGCAAUAAAUAGUCCUGGUUUAUUAAGAGGGCAGCUGGGGCCCCCAGAAU